UGAGCCUUUAGCCUUCGACACACAAAAGAAAUUUUGCACGAAUUUACAUUGUGUUCAUUAUCCACCGCCAUUUUGCAAAUAUGAGCGUUUGGGGAAUGUCGGGCCACAUAGUUUUUUACAUUUGACAUGCUAACUUCAUAUAUUUGACGUGUAUAAGUGAUUUUUCGUGCAGAAUUUCAACAACACAAUAGUUUUUCAACAUUUCCUGAUAGUUUCGUGCUCCGAAAAAUUUUUUUAGUCAUUAUGCCGCGGUACUAUCCCAAACAAGAGAAAAUUGUUGAUUUCGACAACAUUUUGGAGGCGAUCAAGUCGGUGAAAAUAUAUCACAACAGCGUUCGACAAUCUGCGACGGCACACAAAAUUCCGAGGACCAACCUGAUGCGUUAUAUUGCAGCAUUUGAUGGUGCGAGCAUCGACGUUACUACUGCCAAUGCCGAUGUAAUGAAGAAUUUGCUGGCUGAAAGCACGACGAUGGGCACAAAAACAAUCUUCAACAUCGAACAAGAGAAGGCGCUGAUAAGCUACAAUCUCCAGGCCAGCGACAUCAACUAUGGAAUCAGUUUGAUGGAUCUUCGUAAGCUCGCGUAUGAAUUUGCUCAGAAAGUUGGCGCGUCGUAUCCGGAUUCAUGGAACGACAAUCAACAGGCGAGAAGGGAUUGGCAGUUGGAGUUCAUGAAACGCCACAAAAAUUUGUCACUGCGAACACCAGAGCAAGUAAGCCAGAGCCGUGCGAAGCGAUUCAACAAAGAGAAUGUCGAUGCAUUUUUUGACAACCUUUCAUCCGUUCUCGGUAAGACGCCGUUUGAACCUCACCGAAUAUGGAACAUGGAUGAAACCGGGUGCCCGACCGUGCCAACCAGACCUGUCAAAACCAUCGCGCGCAAAGGAGAAAAGCAGGUCGGCUCAUCAACAUCUGCCGAAAAGGCACCAAUGUGUCUUUGGCUUUGUCAACAUGAAAGAGAUUUUUAUGACUCAUGCGAGUCAUGGCGCUGUUGGUGUUGCGAACGGUUCUGGUUACAUGAACUCUGACGUAUUCCCUCAAUGCAUGCGUCAUUUCAUCAAGCACACCGGUGCUAAUGCCGAUUCGCCAACCAUGUUGCUGCUGGACAACCACGGUUCGCAUUUAUCGAUCGAGGCGAUAGAUUUGGCGUUGGAUCAUCACGUUGCUGUCUUUUCCGCCGAAAUGCACGCACAAAAUGCAGCCGCUAGAUGUUGCGGUAUUUGCACCAUUUAAAGGCAUGAUGACCGUGAAGCAUGAUGCAUGGAAAAAGUCCAACAUUGGUGUCACUUUCGAUCUGCAUCAUGUGCCGCUCCUUGUCGAUCAGUGCCUCGAUGUUAUGUUAA